ACAGCUGUCAGUGUGCAUGUCAGCCCCGAUGCCCCAUCAGCAAAGUGCGGCUGACUAGGACACCAUGAUCAGGAAGCGUUAUAUUCUCACAGAACCUGAGAUCAAAAGCUAUUUGGUCAAAGGAGAAAGAUUUACAAAAUGGAAAGAAGACUCAUCACGCACCGUGCCUGUCACUAUGAAGAUGGAUCCGAAAGGAUUCUUUCUUUACUGGAUAAACUCGAGCAAGGAAGUGGAGAUUUUGGAUAUGGCGACCAUACGGGACACACGGACAGGAAGAUAUGCAAAACUCCCCAAACAUACCAAAGUUCGAAAUACAUUCAACAUGGACUUCCCUGACAGUAAUUACUUAGCCAAGACCUUGACCAUCGUGACUGGUCCUGACAUGGUCAAUCUCACCUACUACAACUUCUUUGCCCCCAAAGAAAAUAUAGUGCAGAACUGGGCUGAUGACAUCCUGGCCAUCGUCUACAAUCCCCACAGAUACAACGUCUGCAGACAGGUCUACCUGGAUAAAUUGUACACUCGCCUCACACUGCAAACUAACAAGGAUGGCAAGAUCCCUGUUAAACAUAUCUAUAAGAUGUUUCCAGCUGACAAAAAAAGGGUCGAUAGUGCACUCGCAGCUGCAAAGCUUCCUAAGGGAAAGUUUGACUCCAUUAAGCCUGAAGUGUUCACUGAAGCUGCAUUCAAGACCUUCCUGUUGAACCUUUGUCCUAGACCAGAGGUCUUUGAAAUCUUCAGCACCUAUUCAAGCAAGCCUUACAUGACCAAGGAGGUCUUUAGCAAGUUCCUCUAUGAGAAGCAGCGAGACUCGAGGCUUAAUCAAGAGCUUUACCCACCACUGAGACCUGAUCAGGUGAAGGCCCUCAUUGACAAGUAUGAGCCCUCAACCGCUAAUGCUAACCGGGGUCAGAUAUCCCCAGAGGGUCUACUGUUCUUCUUAAUGGGGCCGGAGACAACACCUGUGAUGUUAGACAAAAUGGCCCAGUGCCAUGACAUGACCCAGCCCAUACCUCACUACUACAUCAAAUCCUCCCACAACACCUAUCUCACUGCCGGUCAGUUCUCAGGCCCCUCCUCUCCAGAAAUGUACCGUCAGUGUCUGCUUUCUGGAUGUCGCUGUUUGGAGCUUGACUGCUGGAAGGGCAAACCUCCAGAUGAAGAGCCAAUCAUUACUCAUGGCUUCACCAUGACAACUGAGAUCCUUUUUAAGGAUGUGAUUGACGCUAUUGCAGAGUGUGCGUUCAAAACUUCGAAAUAUCCAGUCAUUCUUUCCUUCGAGAACCACGUGGAUACUGUGAAACAGCAGGAGAAGAUGGCUAACUACUGUAGGACAAUAUUUGGAGACGCUCUACUUGCUGACCCCUUGGAGAAGUAUCCGUUGAAGCCAGGUCAACAAAUUCCCAGUCCUUCUGAGCUGAUGGGAAAAAUUCUGAUCAAAAACAAGAAGGGCCCUACAGCCCCAGCCAAACCUCCACCAAAGAAAGAACAAGAGGAGAGUCCAACAGCAGAGAAAGCAGGAGGGGCCUCUGAAAAUCCUGAGAAUCCUGAAAACCCCGAGAACCCAGAGAACCCUGCGAACCCUGAGAACCCUGAGAACCCUGAGAAUCCGGAGAAUCCAGAGAACGCUGCGAACCCUGAGAACGCUGCAAACCCUGAGAACGCUGAGAACCAGACCAAUGAACCGGAUGAGACCCAUGAGGAUGAAGAACAAGAUGAGGAAAAGAUGAAGAACUCAGAUGAAGGUACAGCAGGACAGGAAGUGAAAGCUUUUGAGGCGAUGUCUUCAAUAGUCAACUAUAUUCAGCCACACAAGUUCGUCUCCUUUGACCAGUCUAAGAAAAAGAACAAGAGUUACGCCAUCUCUUCUUUUGUGGAAACCAAAGGAGAGAGUCUGAUCGCCAAGAGUGCCGUGGAGUUUGUCGAAUAUAACAAGAGACAGAUGAGUCGAAUCUACCCCAAAGGAACACGUAUGGACUCUUCUAACUAUAACCCUCAGCCUUUCUGGAAUGUCGGCUGUCAGAUGGUGGCACUCAACUACCAGACCAUGGAUUUUCCCAUGCAACUGAACAUGGCACUGUUCGAGUAUAACGGGAGGACUGGGUACCUCUUAAAACAUGAUGUGAUGCGGAGGAACGACAAGACGUUUGACCCCUUCUGCGACAAGAUCGACACCAAUGUCCCCAACACGGUCUCAAUCAAGGUCUACUCAGGCCAGUUCCUAUCUGACAAGAAUGUGAAGACAGUAGUGGAGGUGGAAAUCAUUGGCUUACCUGGAGACCCCAAAAAGAAAUUCCGCACCAAACCCACCGCUACACCAAAUGCCAUCAACCCUGUGUGGAAUGAGGAGCCCUUCGUGUUUGAGAAGGUUCUGUUGACCGAAUUGGCUUCAGUCAGAAUAGCCGUCUUUGAGGAGGGAGGCAAAUUCAUCGGACAUAGGAUUAUUCCUAUAGACGCCAUCCAAUCAGGAUUCCAUCAUCUUUGUCUGCGUAGUGAGAGCAACAUGCCGUUAAUGCUCCCUACCCUGUUUGUCUACAUUGAGGUGAAAGAUUACAUCCCUGCUGCAUUUGCUGAUUUCACUGAUGCGCUAUUUAAUCCAGUGAAAACGACAAAGCCUGCCAAACAGGAGAGUGCUAACUUUGUAAGCAAGUAUGAGAUGGCUGGUGCUGCAGCUGUUCCAGCCGCAGUGCCUGAGGCUGCUGAAACCCCAGCAGAGGGCGACGCUAAGCCUGAAGAAGCACCUGCAGCAGAUGCAGAGCCCAAAGCAGAUGAGCCAGCACCGGCUGAACCAGAACCACAAGCUCCUGAACCCGAGGCAAACCCAGAGCCACCUGCGGCCGCGGAAGAGGCUCCUCCGACCGAAGCACCUCCACCCGCAGAAGAGGCUCCUCCCGCCGAGGCACCUCCACCUGCCGAAGAAGCGCCACCCAGCGAGGAACCUGCGCCGGCAGAAGAAGCUCCCCAAGAAACACCUGCGCCAUCUGAAACCCCUGAGGCAGAGAAUCCCGCUGAUCCAAAUGAGCUGGCCUCUGUGACCUGUGAUGAACUGCAGCAGCACAAGAAUUACCAGAAGGUCAUCAAGAAGCAGGAGAAAGAGCUGAAAGAGCUGGAUAAGAAGUUCCAGAAGAAGGGCGAGGAGCUAACUCAGAAAUACAGUGACCUCUUCAAAUCCCUCAAGAAGAAGUCCUCGUCGAAGCAGAAUGAGGCCGGGGCUGAGGGGCCACCAGCAGAAAUCAAUGAGCUGAAAAUGAAGCUGCAGGCGGAGCUUCGAUUACUGUGGGUGGAGAAAAACGAUCAGCUGAAAAAGAAGAAAGAGCAGCAUGCCUCUGAGUGCUUGACCAAGCUGUUGGAGAUGGCUACGGAGAGACAUGCCAAUGAACUGAAGGCGCUGAACAGUAAAGGGGGAAAGAAGAAGGAAUCAAAGACCUCAGGCUCAGACAAGAGCAGCUUGAAGAAGACCAAGAGUACGGAACAACUGGACGAUAACAACGCUGCGCAGACCGCCGACAGCAAUGGAAUUUCAUCACAAGAGCAGGAGCAGAAACUUAAGAAGAAACAGGCUGAAACUCUGUCUGACAUCAGAGGCCUGAACAGUCAGAUGCACCAGCAGGCUGUUUCAGAUCAUGCUAAGAAGAUGUGGUCUCUACCAGGUGAUCUUAAGGAAGCAGUAAAUGCAUGUUUGGGUGCUCACUUCCCCGAGUAUGUAGAUAAGACCGAAGACACCAAGACAGCGCAUAAUGGCCAGUAUGGGCAAGUUUUCCGGGGCUGAUGGACAUUCACCUUGCUCUCCAUAGCCCUCUUUAGCACGUCCGCAGGUGUAGUGAUAAACUUUGGUGGUUGAUAAACUUUGCGAUAUCAAUUCGCAGCAACGUGUCAAUACUCUUAUUUCAAUCCUCAUCAUGUUGAUGCAUUCAAGGUGCCAGAAUUUCCCAUCAUGACAUUUGUAGUAAAGUCUUGGCAAUAUGCCUUAAAGACGUGUGAGGAUUAAUUUUGAUUAUUUAAAAGGGACAAUCACCUGCAGAACUGAGCUGUUAAGGUAAUGUGUCAAUUGUGAUUUAGAGUAUAUAGAAUAGGUAUUAAAAAGGACAUUGCUCUACUGUCCUUAUUUAGCACUUCCAGUUAUUUAUGGGAGCAUUUUGUGUACAUUUAGAAAAGAUAUGCAAACAAAUAUUUAUGGGCUUCAUUUAGUAAUUAUACAGUAGAAUAUAAUUUAAUGGUACUUCUUAAGGAGAUACACAUUAUAAUAGCAAAUAAAAUCAUAAUGAGAAUUCAC